AUGUUGAUUCUCAGCACUCAGCUAGUCAAUGGAAAGGGUGAGCAUAUCAUCAGGCCUUCACGUCCCAGUAACCAAGCAUCGGCCACAAUCCUCGCUGGCGUCUCGGAACGGUCAAAGUCCAAGGGUGUCCCUAAUCCAGCCAGGUUCAUUAAGUUUCAUCAAUUCCAAAAGUUCCCUCCCGAAAUACGCCUCAAAAUAUGGCGCUGUACGAUGCGAACACGAGUCAUCCGCGCAGAAUACCAGAAUAUUGAGAGUGAAUUGGUCCAUGCGGAUAUGAGAUUGUCCAGAUAUGCUCUCGAUGCUGGUGUUGUCCCAGUUGGCCUCCGAGUUUGCUCCGAGUCCCGUCAAGAGACCAAGAAGCAUUACACCUUGAUCAAGUCUAUGCUGCCCGUCAAACCUUUGGAGAAAGACGGUGAGAGACUUCCUCCUGGAUGCGACCCCCCAAAACUUCCAAAGUGGCUCGAAGCGCAAAUCUGGGUCAACGUCAAUAUGGACGUCUUCUACUUCGUCAAUUUCCCCUCGACCAAUGAAUUUCUCAGCUACUUUCGGCGAAUCUCAAAACCUUCAAUUGGUGGUCUACCCCUUACGGCUCCAAUCAAGCACAUUGCCCUGGUAGGAAUCGAUACCCAGCGCUUCCGGACUUCGGGUCGCACUGAUCUGUUCUAUUCACUGUGCAUGGAACAUACUCGGCUAGAAACAAUCAAUAUUGUAAUGGACAAUAGCAAGUAUAGGGUAGAUCCUAAGCCAGAAAGCUACUCCUUGUGGAAGUUGACACCAUUGGGCGAUGAUGCUAGGGGUGGUGGGCAACAUGGAAGUAGAGAAGUUAGAGAACACGUCAUCGACAUCUUCAGGGGGUUCUGGGAGGGCAAAAAGACCGUGAAGGAGUAUCAAAAGUGGAUGGCUUGGAAGGAACUCAACAGAGAUUGGAAGCCUCCGAAGGUGUUUCUGAAGAGCAUUGCCAAGCUCCAGAGAUCAAAGACUCCUAGGUUGAAGAAGAAAGUUGUGAUUGAAGAGUUUGAGACCGAGGACGAAGCUGACAAGAGUCACAGCCGAGCUGGAGCAUGA